CAAGUAAACAACACGAGAUGUCGCUGUACCAACCUGUUGAGCGGUCAAAUAACAAUAAAAAAGAAAGAAACCUAAUGGAAGGAGUUUAAGUAGCUUUCUGAUAACUUUCUUCCUGUUUCAAGAGCAAGGAUGAACUGGACUGUUUGCUGCCUUCCGCAGUGGACCAACUAAUUUGAAGUACUCUAGUUGAUCUUUUCAAGACAUGAAAGACAUUAUGGAUGGUGUGCAGAGCAAAAAGCGAGUAGCUGUCAUUGGCGGUGGCGUUUGUGGCAUAUGCAGUAUAAAAUGUCUCAAAGAAGAAGACGUAGAGCCGGUAUGCUUCGAAAAGACUGGAUUUUUUGGCGGAACAUGGAGAUAUCAUGAAGAUGACGUGGUUGGAUUAGCCGCUGUCACUUCAGCUACUGUUGCUAACAACAGCAAAGAGAUGUCGGCCAUUAGCGAUUUCCCACCACCAAAAGAAAUCCCCAAUUAUCUUUCUCAUAAAAAAGUCUACGAAAUGGUUUGCGGAUACGUUAACCAAUUUGAUAUUCUACGGUAUAUGCACUUCAAUCAUGAGGUAAUCAGCGUCAGGAAAGCUGAGGAUUACGAAACAUCUGGGAAGUGGACAGUAACCGUGAAAAAUUUACUGACGAAUAAAGUGAUGACAGAUACUUAUGAUGGCGCAUUUAUUUGCACUGGCCAAUUUGGAUACCCCAACAUACCGAAUUUUCCAGGGCAAGAUAAAUUCAAAGGGCGGAUUCUUCAUUCAAAACAAUUGAGAACAUUCGAAAGUUUUAAAAAUGAACGAGUUGUUGUAGUUGGAGUUGGCUGCUCUGGAGUAGACGCUGCUACAGAAACAAGCAAUUUUGCUGAGCAGGUGUAUCUGAGCAGUCGCAAUGGAGCAUGGAUCUUUCCUCGCCUAGGUCCUUAUGGCCUUCCUUUUGAUAUGUGCUACCUCAGAAGGUGGUCUGACUUCAUGUAUCGUACGCUACCCCUUUCUUGGACCAGCUGGAUGUUUCAGAGAAAUCUGGAGCGAUUGAAAUUUAAUCAUGCUUUAUACAGUUUGAAACCACCCAGUCAUCUCUGGGCUCAAGAUCCUGUUUUGACUGACAUAUUACCAUCAAGGAUAAUAUCAGGUCAUGUAAUUGUGAAGAACGAUAUUAAGACUUUCACUGAAUCAGGAGUUAUAUUUGAAGGCGAAACAAAAGCAAUAGAGGUCGACACUGUUAUUAUGGCCACAGGCUAUGAAUGGAAAUUCCCUUUCCUUGAAGAUGGGAUAAUAACGAAAGAUGGAGAUUGCUUAAACUUAUAUAAAUGUAUGUAUCCAACUCAGUUGCCGCAUGCAACUCUUGCCAUUCUUGGAUUCUUAUUACCAUUAGGACCAGGCUUUCCAUUGGGUGAAUCUCAAUGCAGAUGGGCAUCUCUCCUUAUUAGCGGUAAAUGCAAACUUCCCAGUUCGAAGGAUAUGCUUGCCGAAGUCCAGAAAAAAUAUGAAGCUAACCUUAAGCGAUAUAAGAGAUCUGACCGAUUGACAACAAGAGUUGAUUAUAUUGAAUACAUGGAUGACAUUACAUCACAGUUCGGUGCAAAGCCAAAUUUAUUUAAGAUGUUUUUCACAGACCCAAAGCUGUUUUGGGCUUUAUGGUUGGGUCCUUCUUUGCCAUACCAAUAUCGUUUGCAAGGACCUCAUAAAUGGGAUGGAGCACGAGAAGCUAUUUUGACAUACAAAGAGAGAAUGGAAUAUCCCCUUAGAAGGCAAGGUUAUAGGAAAACCAAGAGGAAAUUUCAAGGAUUUCCAGUAAAAAUUUUCAUUGCUCUUAUUGUAUUUUGGUUCUGGAUCUUCGUUCUCGCUGAAGUCGAAAAUUUGUAAAGUAAUUGAUGGAUUUCGAUUCUGCCAAAUUUCUUUGCAAGUACAAAGCUAUAAAAUGCAAAAGAAAACUGUAAAAAUAGAUAGCAUUUGCACUGAACUUCAACUGAAGCAUUAUACAAAUUUUUUUUUCUUUCCUUACAUUUGUGUCACAACAAAACUAUUUCUAACAACGUCGAAAAACCAUUUUGAAGUAGUAUAAUUUAAUAAAUUUUAUUGUUGAUGAUCAAUUAUUUUCAUGCUGAUAGAUAAGCUGUAGUAAAAAUUAUUAAUCGAUUAUUUAUAA